CCGGCCCGAUCCGCCCGCCCGCUCCCCCUCCCUCGAUCCCUCGGGUCCCGGGAUGGGGGGGCGGUGAGGCAGGCACAGCCCCCCGCCCCCAUGGCCGCCCGUCGGAGCCAGAGGCGGAGGGGGCGCCAGGGGGAGCCGGGCACCGCCCUGCUGGCCCCGUUUGUGCUGGGCCUGGGCCUGGCGCUGGCUUGCCUUGGCCUCCUGCUGGCCGUGGUCAGCCUGGGGAGCCGGGCAUCGCUGUCUGCCCAGGAGCCUUCCCAGGGGGAGCUGUUGGCAGAGGAGGACCAGGAGCUGCUGGAACUGAACCCCCAGACUGAGGAAAGCCAGGGUGUUGUGCCUUUCCUGAAACAACUAGUCCGGCCUCGCAGAAAUGCACCUAAAGGCCGGAAAGCACGGACUCGCAAAGCAAUUGCAGCCCACUAUGAAGUUCACCCACAGCCGGGACAGGAUGGAGCACAGGCGGGUGUGGAUGGGACAGUGAGUGGCUGGGAGGAAGCCAAAAUCAACAGCUCCAACCCUCUGCGCUAUGACCGUCAGAUUGGGGAAUUUAGAGUCACCAGGGCUGGGCUCUACUACCUAUACUGUCAGGUGCACUUUGAUGAGGGGAAGGCUGUCUACCUGAAGCUGGACUUGCUGGUGGAUGACGUGCUGGCCCUGCGCUGCCUAGAGGAGUUCUCUGCCACAGCAACGAGUUCCCUUGGGCCCCAGCUUCAUCUCUGCCAGGUGUCUGGGCUAUUGCCCCUGCGGUCAGGGUCUUCCCUGCGGAUCCGCACCCUACCCUGGGCCCAUCUCAAGGCUGCCCCCUUCCUCACCUACUUUGGACUCUUCCAGGUUCACUGAGGGGCCCUGCAAAUUUUCCAGCUGCCAGCUCCCAUGCAGCUCUCUCAGUGCCCAGUCCCUUCUGCCSUACCUAAGCUCCAGACCUGCCUUUCCCUCCAUAGGCUGCCAGGGCUUAUUCACUUUAUCCCUCAUAAACAUUCCCAUUCCUCUCUUACAACACACCUCCCCGCUCUUCACCUCACUAGCUCCCAAAGCCCUUAUCUUUUCACACUCCCAUUCAUCCCUUGAUUCCCCCCCCCAGCCACAGCCCCCC